AUGGCCGAAUAUAAACUCACGGGCAUCUCAUCUUUAUCCACCCUGGGAUCUCUCGAUAAGAUUGAAGUCGAGGUCGAAGGCGUGGAGGAAGGAAAAGUCCUACUCGUCAAGCUCAAUGACCAGGUCCACGCCCUCAGUCCUAAGUGCACGCAUUAUGGUGCACCAAUGAAGAAUGGUGUUGUGACAGGUGAUGGUCGUAUCACCUGUCCCUGGCACGGAGCCUGCUUUAGUGUUUCCACCGGCGAUGUCGAAGACGCACCUGCCCCGAAUGCACUGAACAAAUAUGAAGUCUUUGAACGAGAUGGGGCAGUCUAUAUCAAGGCCAAGGAAGCGGACAUCAAAUUUGGACAGCGGAAUCCUGUGGUCAAAUGCAGUGUGUCGAAGCCGGAAGAGAAGGUAGUUGUUGUGGGAGGUGGAAGUGGAACAUUAGGUGUUUUGCAAGCCCUCCGCGAGCUCAAAUACCCCGGUCAAAUCACGAUGAUCUCCAAGGAGCCUGAUCUGAUCAUUGACCGAACAAAGCUUUCUAAAGCCCUGAUCUCAGACCCCGCCAAAAUCCAAUGGCGACCCCGAGAGUGGUAUGAUUCAGCCGCGAUCGAAACCCUCACCGACGAAGUAACAGCCGUGGACUUCAAGAGUAAGACUGUUGCCACACAGUCCGGCAAGAGCAUCAGCUACACCAAGCUUGUUCUCGCCACAGGUGGAGUCCCACGCACUCUCCCACUACCAGGAUUCAAAGGUGAACUAUCUAACAUAUUCACCUUGCGUACUAUCCAUGAUGUGCAAUCAAUUCUCUCAGCCGCCAGCGGCAAGAAGAACAUCGUCGUAAUCGGCAGUUCCUUCAUCGGCAUGGAAGUUGGCAACGCCCUCUCGAAAGACCACAACGUCACAAUCGUUGGAAUGGAAUCCGCCCCCAUGGAACGAGUAAUGGGCGCGCAAGUCGGCCGAAUCUUCCAAUCCAACCUCGCCAAAAACGGCAUCACCUUCAAGCUCUCUGCGAGCGUAAGCCAUGCCUCUCCGUCUUCAGAUUCAAGUUCCAAGGUUGGCACCGUCCAUCUCAAGGACGGAACAGCUCUCCCAGCCGACCUGGUCAUUCUAGGUGUUGGCGUUCGCCCAGCAACAGACUAUCUCACCAACAAUUCGAGCAUCGAGCUCGAAAAAGACGGCUCAAUAGCAACAGAUGAGCACUUCGCAGUCCGCGGCUUAGACUCUGUCUUUGCAAUUGGUGAUAUUGCAACAUAUCCGUACCACGGACCAGGAGGGAAUGGAGCCGGUGUCAGGAUCGAGCAUUGGAACGUCGCGCAAAAUGCAGGACGUGCAGCCGCGCGCGCGAUUGUGCAUGCGCAACGCGGAAUAUCAGUCAAAGCCAAACACUUCAUUCCCGUAUUCUGGUCUGCGCUGGGAGCACAGUUGCGGUAUUGUGGUUAUGCUGGGGGCUUUGACGAUGUUGUAUUAAGGGAGCAGGGAGAAGGGAAGUUUGUGGCGUUUUACACAAGUGGGGAGACGGUCGUUGCUGUUGCUACUAUGGGAGUUGACCCGGUGAUGAGCCAGAGCGCGGAGUUGAUGAGGGCUGGGAAGAUGCUAGGAAAGGCAGAGAUUGUGGCUGGCGGGGACAUAUUGAGUGUUAAGGUUUGA